AUGGCGCCAAAUCUGCUGGCAUCAGGGUCGGGCGUGAGCACUGCAUCCCUCUCAUCGUCAGCACCCGCAUGGCGUUUCAUGAAGCGCGAUAUAGCAAGAUCAUCUGCAUCGUCGACAUCUUUGGAGCACCAAACCCUCCGCAUCUCCUCCAUGAUGAACGAACGUGGCGACUUUAACGGCACAUGUACAAAGGACCGUGCUAUGACCAUUACGCCAGAAACGCCAGACGGGAGCUGCACAUCAUACUUUGCCGACGUCACUGACUACUGCUGCGCCGCCGUUGGAGGCAUGUAUAACGCAACAUUCCGAGCUGUCAAUGUUUCUGAACCCCAGGCUCUCGCACUGGACCAUCCAAUCUGCGCAACAUCCAACUAUGCAGACAUGUUCUCCUGCUACCAAUACGUCACAGAGACGCACUGCUCUUCGACAACACCGGUCCCUUAUGGUGUCUGCAACAAGAACGGACCGGAUACCAGUCGAGCUGUCACCAAGGCAGCGUCAGCUGCCUCUCCGAGUCAACAAGGUCUCCCUUGGCGUUGGACGCUGGCUUUUGCCGGUCUCCUUGCAUGCUCAGCAAUACAGCUUUUGGCAGACUAG